UAUCCGUUCAAAUUUUUUUAUUCAUCAAAUAUUUAAACAAAAUUUGAAAAUAAGAAAAAAAGUUGAAGAAAUUAAAAAUUAAAAAUUAAAUUAAAAGUAAAAAAAACAAAAAACAGGAGUUGAGAUCAUGAAAAGUCAUAAAUUUAAAUCGAUAUUUUUCCAAUAAUACAAAAAUUUGUAAAUUUAAUUAAUUUUUAUAGUUGGAGUAGCGAGAGUUUGCAUUUCGAAUAUUUUCGGUUUUUUCACAGGCUAUCUUUCAAAUGUCUGAAAAUUUCCUGACACCACAGCACCUUCAAUGUAUACCAAAAAAAACAAACAUUAUAACCUUUAAAAACAUAUAUAACAUUACUCCAGUCAUGUGAUAAUAUUAUUAUUUACACAAUUAUUAAUUAAAGUAAAUAAAUAAUUAAUUAAUAAAUUUAAAUGCAUUGAAAAUAUAAAAAAAGUGGAUUUUUUAAAUUAAUUAAGAAAUUAUAAAAUAGAAGGUAGUGAUUAAAUUAUAAGCAAUUAUUAAUUAUUGUUAUUUAUAUUUAUUUAUCAAUAGUAGUUUAAGUUUAUUAAUUAAAUAAAUUUAUUUAUUUUUGCGAGUGUGAAUGUACCAGAAAUAAACUGAUUUUAUAAAACGAAAAUGCCGACAGUGAUAGCUCUAGAUGUAUCUCUAUCAAUGAGACGGCCUGUAGUAACAUCAGGAAUAGACCCAUCACAAAAUGAACAACUUACGAGGCACCAUUUGGCUGUGCAGGGUAUCAACACGUUACUAAAUUAUCUCCAAGUCAACUCCAAAUUAGAAUUCGUAUCACUAGUGGUAUUUUCCUCACUGUACGAAUUAAUUUGUCCUUUCACCAGAGACUAUGACAGCAUACGAUCUAGAUUGCAGAUGAUAGAAGAACGUGAUAAAACAUGUAUAGAAACGGCACUUCAUGGUGUCAAUAGUGUGAUAAUGAGUGAAUGGGGUAACACGACAGCAUGUCAAGUUAUUUUAAUUACUGAUGGAAAUCCAGGAGUGGGUCCAAUGUCUUUAGGACAUUCAUUGAAAUCAUUACACGUAGCGCGCGAAAAUCCUUUUCCGUUACCUUUUCCUUUUCCUGGAAAACUCAGCGUUGUUUGUAUUUCUUCCCAACAAGAUCCUGGUUUAUCACUGGGACUUCCUCUGUAUCAGAAACUUGUUGACUUAGCGGGUGAAGACAGUGGAGUUCUGGUACCUGAAGGUUCACUUUCAAAGACGUCAGUCAACAAUUGCUUUCAAAAAUUAGCUGAAACAAAUUACGUAUCUUUCCAAGGAUAUCUCAAGUGCGGGAAUUUGGGAUCACGAAUCCACUUGUCUCCUGCACCCAUGAGCUACACAAAAAAAGCGGACUUUGAAUUGAUACCUGGUAUGACGAUAUCAAAGACCAUUGAAAUAUGCGGAUUCAUAUCAGUGAGUGACGUAGGAAGUCCUAAUUCAAUAUCUCGGCACUUGGUGUUGCCUCUGCCAACGGAAAAAAAUCCAAGUAUGCAGGGAGUGGCAUCGCUAGAAGAAGAAUCUGACGCUGAAGACAACAGUGAUGAAGGUAAAUCAGCGUCAUUUUGUGUGCUGCUACAUGGGGCACUAAAAGUUGAAAAUAUGGCGGCUCUUUGUCUGCUGCAAACUGACUGGUACGGAUUUAUUUACUCGUGGGCGGAUACGAAAAAAAAGUCAAACUUGAUGUUGACGGUACUGGAACCCGGGGUGAAUGUUGUACCUUGGCUAGGAAGCUUUAAUAAUCUAGGACCUGCAGAUGUCAGCAGUAAAAAUGUUGAAGUUCUCACUUUUCCUAUAAAACCUCCAGAAAAAAGAAGUUACUCUCAGAAUGCUCCUUCGUGGAUCAGACAAGUUGGACUACAGUCUGAUAUUCAAAAGAUAUUGAGACACGCUAGAAAAUUACCUGAAAAGACACAGAAUUUCUACAAAGAACUGAACAGAUUGCGUCGAGCUGCAUUGUCUAUGGGAUUUAUUGAAUUACUUGAAGGUUUAGCGGCAAUAUUUGAACGUGAAUGUACACUUCUACCCAAUACUUUACACUACGACUGUGCCAUUCAAAUGGGACAUGUUGCAAACAUGCUGAGAAAACCAUUUUCUAGAGAAUUAAAAAAUAAUAUCACGCCAAUUAAAAGUACUAAGUUUCAUCAGGACCAAUAAAUAUUAAUAAUUAUUAUUUUUAAAGUUUAAUAAUUUUAUAAUAAAAUAAAAUUCAUUCAACAAAUUAUUUUUAAAUAUA